AAAGUCAAGGGUAGGUGCUAAUAUGGUGCGCCCAAGACACCAAAUAGCCUUUUAUCAGCAAGAUGUAAUCUUGAAUAUAUAUAUAUAUAUAUAGAGGGGGGAGGGGAAGGAAGUGAGGGUGCGUGUGUGAUUGACGGCAAAUGGACGGCAUCGCUGUUGGCUGUGGAUUAUAAAUUGGUUGAUCUUUCACGUGUGUAUAUCUUCCUCUGUUUCCGUUUCUGUUCCUUUGUUUUUUGUUUUUUCUCUUUGUUUCCCGCUGCACUUUGUGUUUGUUUCUUGAGAAAUCUGUCGGUUUGUGCGAUUUUUCUGACCCCUUCGGGACGGUGGUUCGUCUAUUUAUACCGCCGUCCUCUCAUUUCGGUAUUACAAAGCAAGAGAGGAUUGAAUAACCCAUAUACGAAGAGAAGUAUGGACGGGAAGAAGAAAAUGGGUUCUUCGUCGUCGUCUUCCUCCUUCACCUCCGAUCUUUUCGGUUCGAAUGAUUCCUCUGGUUCUGGAAUUUUUGGGUCCAUCUUUGCGCCUUCUUCCAAGGUAUUGGGAAGGGAGUCCUCACGAUAUGAGGUGCCUGGGAAAAGGCAAGACUCUACAAGUCAGGUUUGGGGAUCUAAACCUGGAACUCAAGGCACUGUGCCUCGGAGCAGUGGAGGUGAAAAUCUGAGCAUGCUUAAUGGGGAGACGAGUCCUUUUUAUCAAGAGCAAAGGGUGCAACCUUGUCAUCUUAGCUCAUCCAUAUAUUAUGGUGGUCAAGACAUCUAUGCUAAUUCUCAGAAUCCUCAGGGCUCUGUAUACUCGACUUUCAACAAAGAUUGGACAGAAGAUGAUUCGGGCAGUGCUUCAAGAGGAAAUUGGUGGCAGGGGUCUCUAUAUUACUAAGAGCUCACUGCCGUCACAUGUGAAUUUCCCACACUGAGGUAGUCAUAUAUUUAGAGAAGCAGUUUAUUCGGCCUUAUACUGGGAAGAUAGAUCGAUAGUAGCAGUUCAUUCCACACAACUGUAUGUUUUCUCUCGCAGCAGUGGCUCACCAAAACCAUCAUAUCUAGUUCUAGUUAUAUCCAUUGCUCUUGGCCAUCUCUUUUGCGUUGCUUCCUCCUCGUGAAAAUAUCAGUGAACACAUCACUAGAUUCUUAAUUGAUACGAUCUCCCCGUUCUCUUCUUCCAUUCAUUCACAGGAAGUCGUAUACAUAGAGUAGCAGCUUAUCCUACCUUAUAUGCAUAAGAUAGAUGGAUAAUAGCAGUUUGUCGAAGACAACUGGGCUCUUGGUGGUUCUUCCUAGUGUAAAGAACAGUGAACGCAAUAUUUAGUGAAGGAUCAAGGAUUAAGUGGCUUUGUUUCAUAUCGGCAACCUCUGCAAUGUGGUUGUAUUGUAUGAAUUUGAAGUUUAGUUGGCAUAGGGUGCUUGAACUGUACUGGCAUUAGAGCUGUUAAUUAAUGAUAUAUAUGUUUGCAAGAAA